AUGGGUAUUGGCAAUUCUCGAACAUCAUCUGGACAUGGUAGUUCAAGUGGAAGAAGACGUGGAUGUUUCUUUCGUCGAAAUAAACCAAGUCCAACAACACAAAUUAAUUCAUUUGGUACUGCACAACCGGUUUCUUAUCAACGUAUAUAUGGUGUUCGUCCUAAUACAAGACCAAUACCUAUUUAUCCACCAUUAGAUCAACCAUCACCAUCAUUUUUACCAUUAUCUUACAAUCAUUAUCAUGUUUCGUCAUACGUCCCACCUCAACCUAUGAUGAUACCACCACGAGUAGCAGCACCAAUCAUGCCUCCAUCAUAUAUGGUACCUGCUCCUCUCCCUCCACGUCUUCCUCCUCCUCCUCCUCUUCCUCCUCCUAUUCCUCCAGUAUCGAUACCAUACGUACAACAACCACAAUUGCAACCUAUUUAUAAUAAUAUACCAGCUCCAGUUUCUAUGCCUAUGGGUAUUUCCGGAGGAGCUGUACUUAAUCCUCCGUCAUAUCCAGGAGCACCUCCAAGACUUAUUACAGAUUGGACAGGUGGUGGUGCAAUAUCACCUGGUUUUCUUGGGCCUCCUAUUUAA